UUCCUCCACUCCAGUGACACACAGGAGGCACAACGUUAUAGGAGUAUAAGGAAUUGGUGGUCUUAGAGAAGAAAUGUGAAAAAGUGUUCCUAAGACGUUACGAAGACCGUAAACUCGUAAGGGUAACCGUAGAAAGAGACAAGUAAAAGUAAGCAUUAGUGGAAUCAGUAUCUAAGGACGAGGACAAGGGGAUAGGUUGAGAGUGUAGCAGCGAAUAGGGCGUAAAGAGGAAGAGGGUUGCGCGAGAAAGAAGGGUAGUAGAGUGCGGUCGAUCGAAGGGUGACACAGGGUCGCGUUAUAUAUAUAGAGCAUAAGAAACCCUGGAGCUUGCGCAGAGAAUCGACAGUGCAGAAAGUGCGGUGAGUAGUGCGAAUCGCGUACACGGUGGUGCGCCUGUGUCAGUAUUAUAUGCGAGUAGAGGAGGGAAGGCAAGCGGGGUCUCCAGGGUGGUCGAUCGGUCAAUAUUCAUCCCGAGAGCACCGAGAGCAGCGCCGGAGUCGGAACCUCUGGAGUAGAGACACGGACGAGGCUUCCUUCUUUACGUCCUCGCCCGCGGAGCUGUUCGAUCGGGGACACGGCACCGUCUCUACCAACGUCACCGGCACACAGAGCUCCUCUUCUGGGCGGCAGCUUCUCUCAUUAUCCUGUGAAGACUCGCGAGGACAGCAACCAGCGAGGAUCCAUAGUCACAGGGAGGAAGUAGCAGGAGCAGCAUCGCCAUGGAGGGCAAGAAGGUGGAACAGUAUUAUACCAGACCGCAAAAGCUUGGAAAAUGGGAAGGCUUCAGGAUCUUCCUCUGGAACUCCGAGACUGGCCAGGUUCUUGGACGUACCGGAGCUAGUUGGGCAAAGAUUCUACUAUUCUAUGUCAUCUUCUAUGCUGUACUGAGCGGCUUCUUCGGCGCCAUGUUGGCCGUCUUCUACCAGACCCUGAAACACAAUGAACCAAAAUGGCAGCUGGAACAGUCACUUAUUGGUAGCAAUCCUGGAUUAGGUUUCAGACCUAUGCCACCUGAGAGUAACGUCGAGAGUACUCUGAUCUGGUACAAGACAAGCAACGAAGGUAACUACCGUCACUGGACCAAGGAGCUGGAUAAAUUUUUGGCAGAUUACCAGAAGAUUGGAAAUACCCCUAAUGCCGGAGAGCACAGGGUAACCUGCGAUUACGGUAUGGAGAAACUACCUCCUGGAAAGGUCUGCGACGUGGACAUAAGCAACUGGAUACCUUGUACUAGCAAAAAUAGUUACAACUAUCAGAAAUCGGCACCCUGCAUCUUCCUCAAGCUGAACAAGAUCUACGGCUGGAAACCUCAGACCUUCAACGACACUGAGUCGAUCCCAAAUGACAUGCCGGAUGACCUAAAGGGUCACAUUAGGAAUGAGAAGACCAGGAACAAAUAUGCUCUGAACACAGUCUGGGUAUCUUGCGAGGGUGAAAAUCCAGCCGACGUAGAGAACAUCGGUCCCAUUCAAUACAUACCUCGUCGUGGCUUCCCUGGCUAUUACUUUCCAUUCGAAAAUACCCCUGGCUACCUUAGCCCCCUCGUUGCCGUUUUCUUCGAGAACCCCAAACGUGGUGUACUGAUCAACAUCGAAUGCAAGGCCUGGGCGCACAAUAUCAUUCACGACAGAUUCGAGAGGCGUGGCUCCGUGCACUUUGAGUUGAUGGUGGAUUAAAUUCGUUCUUGCCAUAUUAGCAAGACCACUACCAACUGCCUAAAAAAAAAAAGCACUUCUCGAACAGCUUUCUUAAGAGACUGCUUAAACGACUUAGCCUCUGUCCCCACGACGAUAAAUCCAGCAUAAUAAGUCCGCGAUACUUCAGUUUUCUUUGACUCUCCUUACAAUCGUCAUCAGCGUCAUCGUCAAUCGUAUUGUCGUCUUCGUCGUGCCAGUAGCAACAACCUACGCGUUUGUUGAACAACCUAAGGGAAAAAAAAAAUUACUAAGUAACUGCAACAGGAAAAGGGAAAAAAAGUAUGUAAACGUCACUCUAUCGGAGACAGCACAAUAUUUCGAAAAUAUGAAUACUGCACAAAUGAAUGGUGACGUUAUUAAAUUAUUGUUAUUAUUUUUUCUUCUUCUUUUUUCAUAAACCGGGGACAGAGGACUGGUCGUCUGAUAGAGGAGUAUGGUUGUUGUCGAAUAUCCGUCGUCCACGACGAACACCCUCUUAUAUAUUUUUCAGUCUCUUAUUCACAAUUCGUUAUCGUUCAUUACUUAAGAUACUUUACUAGUUAUCGAAUGAGGUAUAGCGUUGCGCGAUUAAACGAGGUUGAAAAUGAAGAAAAGAAAAAAAAAAGCGAAAGCACAGUCAUUCAACAAGACGAACGAAAGUCACUGCUUAACGACACGUGAUUCGCUUUAUUCAGUAAAAGCUCGUAGGGCUGCUUUGUUGACUUUGAUGAUUAUAUUUUUUUUAUCUUCAUUUUAAUAUCGAUAUAAUCGACCUCCGCUAAAACAAUUGCUCACCCAGUACACCGAGUAAUCCGAGUACUUGGUACUUGAUGACUUGGUAAAUACAUACGAGCCCAUGCCAAUCCUCACCUGCGUCAGCUUGGCCCUACGUAACUCUUACUGAAUAAAUUCCUGUCGCGAGCAUUACUAAUUAUCAUUUUAAUAGUGAGUCAUGACUUUUAUUUAUCUUGCUCAAUGUUUAUGCUUUUAUAAAGUAUUUACGAUAUUAUUGUACUUAAUAGCGCGUAUUCGUACACUAGUGAGAAGUAUUUACGUAUUGUACUAAAAUAGCGCGUAUCCGUACACUAGUACACGAUAGUAGCGGAUAGUAGGAUAUACUUAGGUACGUUCUUUCGAAAAGCUUGAUCGAUGUGCCACUGAGGAAAAAAAAGAAAGAAACAGGAUUAAAAAGUGAGGUAAAAAUUUGAAAAAAAAAAUAUGUAAGAGGAAGGUAGCGCCUAGGCAUAAAAUCUCCGCCUCGUCAUUGGAUCCCAAGACAGAUACUGUCGCUGAUCGAACGUUCGAGUAUGCUCGUUAUCGGUAAGAUUCUGUCGUCAUUGUUAUUAAUGACGUCGAUGAUAAUAAUUAUAAUGAUAAUAAUAAGGGGAAAAAAAUAGACGAGAAUGCUCGAUCGUGCGGAAACACACUGAUAACGGAAAGUUGUGAAGAUAAUGAAAGUGAAGGUUGUUGAAAGGAUGGAAAAAUGAAAUGAAUAAAAAAAUUUGAAUUGACACGAGGAAUGAUCAUGACGAUAGUACAAAAGGAUCCUGUUGGGGGUUUGUUGAUAAAAGGAUGAGCACUGCUGAUUAAUAAUUUUUCCUUGCUAUUAAUUGUUACCUCGAAUUAAGUCCGUAGGAGAGGCUAAUCAUUUUGUCGAGUUUAUAGGUUAUGGGCAUCGUUUUAAGUUUUAAUGAAAACGAAAAUUCAUUAAAACAGUAUUAACGCGAAUACUGUGAAAAUGUGAGGGAGGUUCACGGUAUAAUGUAUCAAUUAAUGUUAUUGUCUAUAAUCAGUAAAGUGACAAGGAUGAUAAAAGAAAAAUUGUAUGAAAUCAUUAAGAUAAAACAGAUCUGAGAAUAGGGACAGUAUGACGUGCGAGAAGGAUAUAAAAUUAGGAGCUUACAAAGUCCUGAUUAAUAAUCAUCGAUUACAGAUUUUGUAUUUAUAAUGAUUAUUAACUAACGUUGUUGAAAAGUGUUCUGGUGUUAUAUGGAGCGAAGUGAAAUAUUCGUGUGACGGGAGGGAUGAUUAUGGUAGGGCGAAGGAAUAAAUAAAUAAAUAAAUUGAACAAAAAAGAUGGAAAAAAGAAAGAGAGAGAAUGGACAAAAAUAACAGACGAUCUUUGUUAAAGCGAAAUCAGGGUCCGAGCCGUGCAACUGAUCGUGCAGCGGUGGCGCCCUCAUCGAACUAUCCAACUGCCGAUCGUGAAUGCACAUUUUUGACGGGUCUAUUUUAUUUCAAAAUAAAAAGCAUGGACUACGUUAUACCGCCCGGGAAAGAUUAUCGAUUGUGCUAAUACACCUUUACUCUCUAGAUGUUUCGGAUACAUUUACUGCAUGAUAAAGGUUAAUUGUUUAAUGAUUAAUUAAUGUUAAUGUCCGCGACGCCAUGGCGUCUAACGCUUUGCGCGGAAAAUAAAAACUUUACGGAAACUCACGGGUAAGACCACGGAAGUCAAAAGAGUGACAGGAUAAAAUGAUUUAAGUGAGACGUUAAGGAAAAAAAAAAAGUAUAUCGCCCAUCCUUCAAGAUAUGCAGGAAACGGAACUACGGCGAUUUUUCCUCGUUCAUUAUUUAUCGUUCGCGAUCCACUCAAAGAAGCUGAACACGACGCCAUUUCCACUGCUCGCAUGGUUUAUGGUAAAUUUUAAAUAUUUCAAAUGAUACUACUAAUCUUUGUACACGUUUGCACGUAUCAUUGGCAAUAUGCAGUAAUAAUUAUUAUUAAUUUUUGUGUGCAUGCGAACAUGAUUAUAUUUGAUAUAUAGUUAUACAGGAUGUUUACAUAUGAGUACUGCCAUUUUCUUUUAUUACGAAUAUUAUUCCACGUUAAAUUUCUUAAAUUUAUACAUACAAUUAUAUCACUGUAUGAAGUCAA